AUGGGCGAAGAUACGCAUUUCAAAUAUCUCGGUAUAUUCACAGAUCGCCAUCACAUUCGGGACCAAGCAUUGAUCGGUGAGGGAUAUCCAAGCGUGCAAGAAAAACACUCUGCCAGUUCACUUUCACCAGUUUUUGGACCACCGGAAGCAAAGACCUUGCAGGCAGUACCGCAUCGUUCAACAGUAACGGAAAACUAUGUUGGAGCGGCAGAUCAAAGGAAAAAGACAAUUGAGGAAAAAGUUGAAGAAAAAGAAAAAUCAAAUGAAAAAAUAUCAAGAACAAAAUUAGUCGAAGAAUUGUCUCCGGUUAAAUGUGAAUUGAUUGAUGAAGAUGAAAUGCGACAAAAACGAAAAAUAAUUCAGUUCAUUGAGCAAAUUGCCAAAUUUGGAUUAGAAGGGAUGAAAGAUGAAUUUGUGCAAUGUCGAACUUUCAUCCCAAAUGCUAUUACUCGAAGUGCGCAUGAUCAAAACUUGAAAAGAUGCCGCCAUCCAGAUGUAAUAUGCAUUGAUCAAACACGUGUUGUGCUUAAAAGUGAUGACGAUGGUUCGGACUUUAUACACGCAAGUCGAGUUCCACUUGGAGAUAAUCCCAAUGAGAUUAUUAUCACGCAAUUGCCAUUAUCGAAUACGGUGAAACAUUUCUGGGAAAUGAUUUGGCAGGAAAAUGUUCAAACAAUAUUAUUAUUUCUAACGUUAAAUGAAUGGAAGGAGCAUGCCGAUAAUAUUCAGCUCAUUCCUCGAAAAGGAAAAUGUUUGCACAUUGAAGAGUUUAUGAUGUUGACAUAUAAAAAUGAAAUUAAUAUCACACCUGAUUGGUUGGUGGGUGAGUACUAUCUAUCAAAGAACGAUGAAUCACGUCGAAUUUUAUGGCAUCAUUACAGUGCAUGGGAACCAAAUCGAUCACCAAAAAAUUCCGAACACUUUUGGCCUUUACAUUCAUCUUUAAAAAAGAUGCGUCGUCCAUAUGUAUGCAUGAGCCUUGCUGGAGCUGGGAGAGCUGGAUGUUAUGCUGCUUUAGAAUGGGCGCAUUUAAUGCUGCACGACAAGAAAGUUUCAACGAUAAACGUUGUUGAGUGCGUGCAGAAAGUUCGUACAUAUCGAAUGCAUGCUGUACAAACAAUUGCACAAUUUCAAUUUCUCUAUAUGGGCAUUCAACGCCACAUUCUUCUUGUUGAGAAAUUUCGAAAAGAAAUUUUAUCUGAGCAGGCAAUAUUUGAAGCAACGAACAAAUGUUCUUCAAUUGAAUAUAAUUAUUUCCGAUCCGGCGGUUAUCCAACAAAUGAUGACUUUGAUCUAUAA